AUGGAUCCAACUAUGUCCAUCACCACCGUCGGUAGCACAGUUAGCUCCGCCAGUCAGGUGAUGUUGCGAUUCACCGAAUUCGAUUAUGCCAUUUUCGUUGUUCUGCUCGCCAUUUCCGUGGUGAUUGGAGUGUACUUUGGGUUCUUUUCGAAAAUUAAACAGAACAAUGUGGAGGAGUAUCUGCUCGGGGGGAAAUCUAUGCCGAAGUUCCCGGUGGCAGCUUCCCUGAUAGCAACGUCUGUAUCAGGCAUCACACUGUUGGGUCUGCCAUCGGAAAUCUACAGCUAUGGAACGCAGAUAUGGUUGUUCGUUUUUUCAGCUAUUGUCCUCGGGCUGGCCAUGCACUUCAUUUACCUGCCGGUAUUCCACGACAUGCAGCUGACCUCAUGCUUCUCCUAUUUGGAGCUACGAUUCGACCGGAUCGUGCGAAUAACUGCAAGCUUCGUGUAUGCACUGUCCACGCUAUUCCUUAUUCCGGUGGUUAUUUACGUUCCGGCAUUGGCAUUCAGUCAGGUUUCCGGUGUUAAUCUACAUCUGAUAACGUUGAUCCUGUGUAUCAUUUGCGUGUUUUACACUACGAUUGGUGGCCUAAGGGCAGUCAUUUGGGCCGAUACGGUGCAAUUUUUGCUGAUGUUGGUGGCAAUUUUUGCCAUCAUUGCGUUGGGACUUGUCGACGUUGGAGGCUGGUCUGAGGUGUGGAACCGAGCACAGCGCGGUGGUCGAUUGCUUUUGUUUGAAUUCAAUCCCGACCCUACACUGAGGACAACCUUUUGGAGUAUCACCAUAGGAAUGACAACCAACUGGCUCGUGGUAUUUGGUAUCAACCAAGCAUGCAUCCAACGUUUUCUUGCCGUUCCAACAAAGGAUGCUGCGAAAAAUUCGCUAAAAAUCUACAUCGUCGGACUAAUCGUUAUCAAUUCGUUGGCGUGCUUCAUCGGCCUACUGAUCUAUGCCAAAUAUGAAGAGUGCGAUCCUAUAACUACAAAACAGGUGCAGAAACUGGACCAAGUUGUCCCGUUCUAUGUGAUGGACGCUGGUGGCAAGAUCCCAGGAUUGCCCGGUUUGUUCAUAGCGGGAGUAUUUUCAGCUGCCCUGUCUACGAUGUCUUCCGGAUUGAACACCCUGGCCGGUACUAUCUACGAAGACUUCAUUCGCCCGUGCCAUCCUCAUGCCACGGAUCGAUCGUCCAGCGCAGUUAUGAAGGUGAUCGUAGUGAUUCUUGGGGCGUUGGUAAUAGUUUUAGUUUUCAUCGUGGAAAAGCUAGGGUCAAUUGUGCAAAUGGCCAUUUCAUGCACCGGAGUCAUGUCCGGUUCAAUACUGGGGAUGUUCACCAUCGGAAUGGUCUCGACUAAAGCAAACACGAAAGGUGUUGUCUCGGGUGUCGUGGCUUCCAUCAGUUGCAUGAUCACGCUCUGGAUCUCUGCCUUAGGAAAGUUGAAGUAUGACUUCCUACCGCUUCGAAACGACGGAUGCGAUGAAACUAUACUCGAACUGCUGCACAAUUCAACAACUACAACGCCUAUUCCACCGACGAUGGCAGACGAACAGCUUCCCUUCAUAUUCCGAAUCAGCUUCAUGUACUACUCUCCUAUUGGUUUGCUGAUCUUCUGGAUCGUGGCCUAUCCCGUCAGUCUUUGCACCGGAGGAGGAAAGGUUACUGACCAGCGGUUACUGACACCGUUUUUCAGAAGGAAAGAUGAGAUUAAAUCCAACGUCGAAUUACGCGUGGAGAUGGAGGGAAAUGGCUUGCUGAAUGAUGUAACAAAAGAUAAGAUCUGAUAAGCUUUAAGAGUCGGUGACAAUUUAGGAAGCAAUAAAAUGCAAUCUCAACAUGAAUUAAGUACGUUGUGACGUUAUUUGGGGGAUGUGUCCAGACUGAAGUCAAUUUGGUCUUAUCUGUUAUCUGCGGGAGC